AUGGCCGAGCUGAAGGACCUCGUGAAGAAUAUCGCAGCCCUCGAUACCGAGAUGACCACCGCGGGUCCCCAUAAACAAAUCGUAUUGUGCAAGGAGAGGAUGAGAAAGACCUCCCGGAUGGAGAGUCUUGUUGAACAAAUCGAGUGCAAGAUCGAUGCAAUGGACGUCCACUGCAAAGAGACUAUGACUCGCCGUCUUCGCGAUAUCAUUGAGGUCAGGGGCCAUGGAAUUGACGCGAGUAAUGUGGACAAAUUUUCUACGAUUUGA